UGCGCGUGAGCAACCUCCCCGCUUUGCCCGCCCCGGCUCCUUCGAGUUUGAGUAUUCAAAACGUUGGAAGUCUUUGGAUGAAAUGGAGAAGCAGCAGAGGGAGCAGGUGGAGAAGAACAUGAGCGAGGCCCGCGAGAAACUGGAGAGUGAGAUGGAGGAUGCUUACCAUGAACAUCAGGCCAAUAUGCUCCGUCAGGAACUGCUGAGGCGCCAGGAAGAGCUAAGGCGCAUGGAGGAAAUGCACAACCAAGAAAUGCAAAAGAGAAAGGAAAUGCAGCUCAGACAGGAAGAAGAACGGCGCAGACGGGAAGAAGAGCUUCGAAAGAGGGAAAUGGAGGAUCAAAUGCGGCGUCAGCGCGAAGAGAACUACCGAAUGGGCAACUUCAUGGAAAGGGACGUUGACAUAAGAAUGCACACCAGUGGCUCUUUAGGCAUUGGAGAAAUGUCCUUCAGUGGCUCCAGCCAGAGCUUCGCAAUGAGUGGACUCGCCUUUGAGGGUCAGUCUGGAUUGGGAUCAUCACCAGGAAGCCUGAUGGCCAAUGAAAUGCGCAAUGAGCGCUUUGCCCAGAGCGGUGCUAGAGGAAUGGGGGCAGGCACCUCGGGGUAUGGCCGCGUCCGCGAGGAGUUUGACGGCCCUAUUAAGAAGCCCAGAUUUUAAAUUCGUUUUGUUGAUUCCAGCAGCAUCAUUUGUACGGAUACUCCAAGGCGAACAUGUUGAGUCACGAUUAUUGUAUUUAAGUUCAAACUGUUGCAUCAUUUUAGCCAUUAAUUGGAUUAGUUUUAUGAUUAAGUCAAUACUUUCCUUUUUUUUUACUUUGUAUUGUCAUUAGCGUAGAAACCAGUCACCCUGGUGUGAUCCAGUUGUUCUUUCAGACCAUGUAUACUUUUCCUUUUCUAGGUGUGUUGAUCUCUGUAAAUCGUCGUGAAGUGAUAACUGUAACCUUUCUGAAACUCCUAUGGCUUUGUGCCAUUAUAUUUGGAGCUGAAACGUGAUUAUAAUAAACUGGUUUCAUCAGGACAAACCUUUA